AUGCGUAUUUGGGUGAACCGCACGGCGACUUCGUGGAGUGUUCUUAAACGGGACGGUUUAGAAACGACGAUAUGGAUUCGACAAAUGUCAGGAACUGAAAUAAAAUACGAGCAGUCGAUGCGAAACACGGAGAACCGCGGAGCUAUAGACCCACGGGUCGACGAAAAUAGAAAAGAAAAUUAUCAGAACUUGUUGAGGAACCGGCGAAACGACCGGUAUAGACGGAGCAGAGGGGAAACGAGUGGAAUGACCGCGGCGGUUAAGUCACGGGAUUCUGAGUUUUUGUACAACCGAUCGGCGUUCGGUUAUCGCCGCGGACGGUGCGGGUUGUCUCGGUUGUCUGCGAGAAAAGUGUCCGUGCGCCAGUAA